CUUCCUUGCUUCCUUCGGAGUGAGGCAGAGACCCCGCCGGCGGCCGCUUCGUCUCUUCCUGGCGUCUCCAUCUCCUGGAAGGAAGACCUCGGGGCUGAAAGGAAGGAGUCUCCUUCUGGCCUCUCCUGCAAGUGAUGCUCAUCCCUCUGGUUGUGAUGCUGCUGCAGACGGGCAGCAGCCACUGCGGCCUCCCUUUCUACAAUGGCUUCUAUUAUGACCGAGUGAUGAAUGACAAAGGCAAUGGCAAUGGAGAAGUUCACUUUAAUGGUGUGAAGCUGAUGGUUGAGACAUCGCAGGAUGCCAUCUUCUCCCUCCGUGGCGGCAAUGUCACGCUGCCUUGCCACUACUACUACUCGCCCAAACUGGAUGCCCCGCGCAUGAUCCGCAUCAAGUGGUCCAAGCUGAAGGAGGACAGCACCAGGGAUGCGGAUGUGCUGGUUUCGUCUGGGUUGAGACACCGCAGCUUUGGUGACUUCCGAGGGCGCACACGCCUCCAGCGCUCAGCUCCCCAUGAAGUGUCCCUUGUGAUCAGUGACCUCCGCUUGCGCGAUGCGGGGAAGUACCGCUGUGAGGUCAUUGACGGGCUGGAAGAUGAGAGUGGGACUGUGGAUCUCGAGCUGCAAGGGGUGGUCUUCCCUUACCAGCCUCACCAUGGGCGCUACAUGUUCAACUUCCAUGAGGCGAAGAAGGCUUGCGAGGAGCAGGAUGCGGUCAUGGCUUCCUUUGAGCAGCUCUUCCAGUCCUGGAUGGAGGGCCUCGACUGGUGCAACGCAGGUUGGCUGAUGGAUGGCACCGUCCAGUACCCCAUCACCCUUCCACGGGAGCCUUGCGGUGGGAAGGACAUGGCCCCGGGCAUCCGGAACUACGGAGAACGCCACAAGAGCCUCCACCGCUUUGAUGCCUUCUGUUUUUCAUCCGCUCUGAAAGGGAGGGUGUAUUACCUGGCUCUCCCUCAGAAGCUUACCUUAGAAGAGGCGAAGCAGGCCUGCCAGGAUGACAAGGCUGAGAUCGCCAAAGUGGGCCAGCUCUAUUCAGCGUGGAAGUUCCUGGGCUUGGACCAAUGUGACGCCGGAUGGCUGGCCGAUGGCAGCGUGCGCUACCCUAUCGCCUCUCCGCGGCCCAACUGCGGCCCACCGGAACCUGGCAUCCGAAGCUUUGGCUAUCCCAAAAUGGGGAAAUUUGGUGUCUACUGUUACAAGAUGAGCUAAAGGAAGGAAGGGAAGGAGCAGAAUGGGACAGCGCCCUGCGCGAGUGGACAGUGUUGUCGUCACCUGCCGCCAUCAAGAGUUUAUUUAAAGAGCCAGCUUGUGGGGGCCGUGUCUUGUUAAAUUGUCUGUGUUGGUUUGUUUUUAUUAUUUUUUUGUAAUGCAAAGCAGACACGUUUUGUGACUUAUUUUGGUGCAGAGUUUUUUCAGCUUUGUUGUCAACAUAAUCCAUUUGUAAGGAAGACUUGUGUUUCAUGGGGAUGGGAGUCUGAUUAUUGUGCCUUCUGGAA